AUGCACUCAGUAUUUUUCAAAGAACAUGAAUUAGGGACUAAAUUACAAAAUCCCUUUGGCAUGGGGCCUCGGUGGAUGGGACUUGGACCCCAAUCGGGUGAAGCUUUUGGCCAAUUAAAAUCUAACUAUUCAUCAGCUUCUUGGAACCAACUUGGAAAGGGAAAUACAGCUCAUUUCACUUCUUUCUCAGAUGAUUACAAAAAUGGUGCAAAUGUAGCAAAAACUCUACUCCAGACUGCUAUGGAAGAUGCGGCCCAUUUAGAGCUUGGUCAACCACUGGUUUGUGCUAAGUAUCCUCAUGCAGAGCAGUGCUAUGAGGUAUACUCAACAACUCAUAGUCCUCAAGUUGCGGGGCGCCUGAUGUUACCAUUGAAUCUGAGCAAUGAUAAUGGAGAGCCAAUAUUUGUAAAUGCCAAGCAGUACCACAGAAUUUUAAGGCGCAGACAGUUGCGUGCAAAGGCUCAUGAGCUGCAAAAUAAAGUGAUAAAACUCCGAAAGCCAUAUCAGCACCUGUCCCGGCAUCUCCACGCCAUGCGCCGCCCAAGAGGCAGUGGCGGCCGCUUUCUCAACACCAGGAACUCCAAUAGAGGCAAGGACAAGAGGGAAACCAAAAUGAAUAAUCAAGAAAUGGUAUUAUUUUAUGAGCAGCCCACAGAACCCCAAAUUUCUGAAAUACUGCAAUCUGGAGGAGAAAAUUGGGGCUCAAAUGGAAACAGUCCAGGUUCUUCAGAGGAGACUAGCCGGGUAUCCUCCGGCAUUAGCAGGAUUGGUCUCCAUUCCUUUGAUCUGAACCCUUUCUUCCAGCCCCUCGCUGAUCAUGUGGCAAAUCCUGGCCGUGGGAUUUCCAUGGUUGGUGAUUGGAUUGCUGCAGCAGAUAACUGCUGCAACUAUAAGGUUUGA